AUGAGCAAACCAUAUCUGCUCUCUACUUCGAGUUUCCACAUGUCUCAGUAUCAGCAUGUACUGGCUCGUGCUGUCAACGGAACUCCCUCACCGACAGUCGUGACUGGAUCUCUCUUGAUUGCCAAGCCCGGAGUUUCAGCACUUGUUCCGGCCGCGGCUUCAUCUGCACGUGCGUAUUACCAAGUUCCUCAGCCGGACUCCCCCCAGUCUGGAGGAUCGUCAGGAGGUCCAAUGAAAGCUUCUGCCUGCCCCUGUUGCUUCAAAACCUUCUUUGACCGGUCGACGAUGAAACGGCACAUGAAGCGGCAUUUCGCGGACAGAGAGACAUACGACUGCGUGGCCUGUAGUAAAUCGUUCACCCGCAAAGACAAACUCCGAGAUCACUUGAAGUCCGCCCGCCACAUUCUCACGGUUUACGGCUCAAACGAACGCCCUGCAGAGCGAACGAAUUCUCCGUCCUCCGCGUCCUCGCCCGAGCAUCCCGGACCGUCUUCAGAGGCGAUCGCAUCUCUGCCAGUCGCGGAGCGGGAAGUGGUUCGUUUCAUGGAGAAACUCAGAACCAUGGGGAGACUCGAGGGACUUCAGACACAACUCAACACCUUCAACAUGAUCGGCAACAUCAUUUCCGACAAUGAAGGGGAGGCCGAACCGGAACCCGAGAACGGGCACGACAGAGUCCCCGUGGAAUCACCUCCUCUGAGUCUGUCAUCGGCGAACGAAUCUUCAUAAGUGACUUCUGGGAUAGGGUCUUCGACGAGCUGUGCCACGAUCUUUCAGCCGUCGAGCCCCUCUCGCGGUUUGGAGCGAGAAAUUCCGCUCAAGCCGGAAUCGACAACACCGAAAAUCCGCAUCAGGAGUCCCGCAGUCGGGCGAAUGAAGGAGAAGAAACGAGCGCGUUCGCAUGGGUAUCCACUGCGAAUGAUUAGAGGUAAACCGAUGGAGAGCAUCAAAAGCACCCUUUGUCAGAUACACACCGUCCUUGCUCAAAGUUAUCUUUGCAAAGUCUAUAUUUUCUACCGGAGUCUUCUGCUGUCAAACAUUUCCAGCAACAUAGUUCUCUACCUCAUCGAUUGUGUCGUCGUACCGAAUCAAAGUCGUGGUAGCAAUGAGAACCGAUUGCUCAAACUAUUUUUCUAUUGUUCAUCAACCAUCACCCGGAGCCGCUCGGGCUGCGACCUAUUUUGGUCAAUGCUCCGAUAAUUGUGCGAUAGAACAGGCCACGGCUAGCACAACAAUCGCGGAGAGAUGGGGCUUGGAGUUCCGAGUAAAUCGGAGCCGUUUUACACACAGUGGAAAGUACAAAUAUCAAAGGUGUCCUUCGUAGGGCGACAAGAGGUAGAAGGAAGGAACCUCUACACCGUUGUCUCUUACGAGAGACAAGGAGCUAGGACCCCGAGUUCUGAAGCAGGGUGUACGUUUAGGCGAAGCGAACUUUUGGGGGGCAAUAGCUUGUCUCGGACGAGUACGAGGAAGGAAAAUAACCGCAGGGAAAAAAGUACCGCAUGUAAAGCAGAGUCGAUAUCCAAAGAUGGUUUUCCUCCGGCAACAUGAUCUCAAUAAGCAGCUCAGAUCCCUUGUGCUCUGGCUGCUCGAUGUUGGCAGAUAAGCGAACUCCACAAGGAGUGUGCCAAACUAUUUCGUAUUAUAGGUAGAAGCGAGCAUUCGAGCUAGCGAACGAACGAAAACAGCGAUGAUCUCAUUUUUCUCGACCAGAGUGGACAGUGCCAUAGGGGGCUGCCGGGAUCGGUGCCUAUUUUUCCGACGGCAUUCGAACACCAGUCCUAAUCCUCUACUACAGGCAUGAAUGUUUUUAACCAUAACGACUGCUGUUACGAAGAAGUCUCGACAUGAGUGAAACGUUUGCAGCAGAGGCGACUUUGAAACAUGUAAUUAAGGAGCACGAGUAACAGACGACUACAAUAAUAAAGCGAGACGGAUAAUAAUAAUUAAA